UCCUUGUCUCAACCAAUUCUCAAUAUAAUUCUCAAAUUGCAUUUUUCUUUCUCUAUUUGAAGAUGGCACACUCUAUGCGUUUGUUUGCAACUUUCUUCCUUGUAGCAAUGCUGCUUUUAUCCACUGAGAUGGGACCAAUUAGCAGUGCAGAGGCAAGAACUUGUGAGUCACAGAGCAACAGUUUCAAGGGGACAUGUGUUAGGGACAGCAACUGCGCCACCGUUUGCCAGACUGAAGGCUUCAUCGGCGGCAACUGUCGUGGCUUCCGUCGCCGUUGCUUUUGCACCAGAAACUGUUAGAACUUAUAAAGUUUCUACAUGAAAUACUCAUCAUGCAUUCAUGAUACAUAAUGAUGUUCUAUUCUAUCAAUAAAAAGAGAGACUAGAUAUAUAUAGUCUCAUAUUUAUUAUAUAUAAUAUGUGGGUACGAUCCAAAAUCAUAGGUCGUGAUUGGCGUAUGAAGAGUUACUAUCAAUAUUCCAUGUAUCAAAUUAUGAAAAAGUAAAAACAAAUAUACAUGUCACAAUUUACCUACACUA